AUGCAAAUGCAAAAGUCGGGUCAGAAUUCUCACGGCACAAAGUCUAGAAGAGUUCGCACAGGCUGUCUCACCUGUCGCGAGCGGCAUUUGAAAUGCGACGAGGCAUCGCCGAGGUGUCAGAACUGUUCCAAGUCCGGGAGAGUGUGCAAGAGAGGCAUUCGUCUUAAUUUCAUCGACACGCAAACUGCUGCUCCUCCACAUAGUAUAGCUCCUCUGCCUGGUACUCAAGUAUCAUUCCAAGACGAGUCGAGGGAGAUUGCAUCCGAAUAUGUCGGGGGCGCUGAGAGAUAUCCGCCAUUGAGACAAACUAUUGCCUUGGUAGCUAAUGAAGCACCGCCGCCCCAAUUUGAUUUCGCAAAUACCCUCAACACUUCUCUUCUAUCCUCGUUUCCUGGGGCCGCGCAUUCGGAGAUACCAGAAUCUAUACUCAGCGAGCAGCAGUACGCCACGACUCACCAAUUUCAUGGACAAAAUGUGUUUUUACCAAAGAUGUCGAUGACGCCUACGAAUGACCACCCCUGUAUCACUAAUCCCGAGGAGGUCCUUCUGCUGCAGGUCUUCGUUGAAGAAGUCGCACUGUGGAUGGAUUCUAUGGAUGCUGGCAGCCAUUUCACAAAUAUCAUACCAUAUCAUGCUCUAAAUGAGCCAUUACUUCUCAAUGCUAUCUUGGCAUGUGGUGCUCGGCAUCUUCAUCUUGUGAAUGCGUCUUUUGGAGAGGAUAGAGCUGUCCAUUAUUAUAAUGCCGCCUCACGAGACUUACUCGUCCAUCUGGAGAACCCCCAUCGCGAUCGUGCUCUUUGUGCAACUGCCGCAGUCAUCCUGAACGUGUACGAGGUGAUGUGCGAGAGUGCGAUGCAACGGAUGAAUCACAUAGCAGGAGCGAGGGCUCUUAUCAAGGAGUGCCGGUGGAACGGCAAGUCACCUGGAAUUGGCGGGGCCUGUUUCUGGAUAAAUGUCGGGAUGGAGCUGUUGAGCUGUCUUCAUUUCAACUGGCGGAUGUCUUGGGAUCCUGACACUUGGGAUAUGGAUAUAGAGACGGAACUUGUGCCGUCUGAUAGCUUGUUCGGUGAUGAGGAGAGUUGGACGCACCGAAUGCUUUAUAUUUGCGCCAAAAUCGCCAACUUUCGGGCUAUUCUAUUCCAAAUGCAAGGGUCGGAUCGACAAUCGCCCCAAUUACGCUUACAGCAAAGGUGUCAUGAGUGGGAUACUUAUAAAAGGUGGUGUGACGAAUGGGCGAGAUGCAUUCCACGGUCGAUGGUACCAAUUUGCUACCUCCAGCCAUGGCAAACAACAUCUAAAUCUGCUUUCCCUGAAGUCUGGCUCGUCAAGCGGUCUGCAGUUGUUGGCCGUCUCUUCUACCAUACUGCAUGUAUCCUCUUGGCCAAAACGCAUCCUCUCGAGUCGGAAUUUAGCCCAAAUAUGCGAGACAUGCAGCAGAAGCACGCCUAUGAUAUUUGCGGUAUUGUUGCUCAUGUCAAGGAUCGUGGCGUUGCAACGACAUCAAUCCGCUGUCUUGCGAUUGCAGCCGAGUGCUUGGUCUCUCGUGAAGCCCAGGAAGAGGUUCUGCAAAUCAUCAACAAAAUAAUAAAGGAAACAGGCUGGCGCAUAUCAUUCCUCAAAGACGAGCUUCAGACAAAAUGGGGCUGGAACGCAGAUAGUCACCAGCAUUCAGAAGCCAGGGCCUCUACUACUGCUGCUACUGUUUCUACAGCUAACAAUGGCACCUCGACACCCAUGGAUACUGUUUCACUGCUGAAUCCUGAUAUACCUCCGGCUCCUCCACCUCCCCGAUCCAGAAUUCCGCCUGGAAUCAUCAACCCGAUGAUGGCUACUGCUGAUUUCUCGAUGGCUAAUCAUCCAUACCAGGAGCAUUAUGUUGCGCCGCAUAGCGACCUUGAGAGCUACCAUUACGCACAAUACUGA